AUGGCUGCAUGGGAGGGACAGAUUGUAGCAGCGAAGCGACGUCUUAAUGAGCUCACUCCCAUUGGAAGGCUUCCCUCAGAGAUGCUGGCCGAGACGUUCCUGCAUCGGUCCGCUGGUUGGUCCACUGGAGACCAGAGCUGGAUUGAAGUCUCGCACGUCUGCCAUCGUUGGCGCGAAAUCGCCCUCGAUUGUCCGGCACUUUGGGGCCACAUUUACACGCACACAUCAGCGUGGACACGAGAGCUAUUGCUGCGCUCCAAGCAGGCUGCGUUGGACGUCAUUAUCUCCGAGAACGACGAGAUUAAUAGGGAAGAUAUUAUCCACCUCCUCGUUCACCAUCUGCAUCGCAUGCGCUCUAUCAACUGGGGUCUCUACUAUAAUCCUCUCGACGGUUCAGAUCUCCCCAGAGUUGCACCUUUCUUGCGUUCAGUUACCCUCCACAAUGAUGAACUCGACGAAUAUGGACCGUCUACGACUCCCUUCGACAAGAUCGAGGCUCUGCCGUUAACGCAUCUGGAACUCGUCUGCGCACCAGUCUCAUGGACAAGUAAUCUCUUUCGACCUACUCUGACGCAUUUGACUUUCCGCUUGCCCUCUGACUUCCCUCAACCUGUUGACUGCAACAUGUCCGAGGUGCUUGGUCUCCUUCGAAGCAUGCCUUCUCUACAGAUACUGGAACUUGCAAACGUUUUGCCCGAUGCUGGAAGAGCUCGCGUUGGACCGGAUGCAUAUGUUCACUUCACCCAGCUGCGCCUCUUGAAUAUCGAGGCAUCUGCGGCGACCAUGCGCUACUUCCUGGAGCAUGUCUCAUUCUCCAAAGACGCCGAGAUUACCAUCGAAUACUCCGAUCUCGAACUUGAUCACGAGAACAUGGAGCAGAGCAUGCGCCUGCUUGCGUCCAGGUUCGCAUCGGAUUCGCGUUCCAAGAAUCCUGUCCGACCGCUGCAGUCGCUCUAUUGCGCUCGCAACGUUGCCGAAGCUUGGACCAUAGACCGAGGUCUCGAAGCUCUGUCACAGAAACACGCCCGCAACGCCGCCGCCACGAAGCUGCUUCAAGGCGUUCAUCAUACUCUUGCGGUGCGUGCGGUAGACCUGCCGUUCGAACAUAGCGGAGCCUUCUUCGAGAUGUUCUGUCGCUCUCUGCCCUUGGCGGAGACGAGCUCAGCUUUCAUCGACAUCGAAGGCAUGGGGGACACCCAGUGGCGGAGCGCAUACCAGAGUAUGCCCCAUCUCCGUGAGCUCGGUGUCACAGGCUCUUCCUCAUGCCACACGUCUCUCAUCGACUUGCUCGCGACCGUCUUGGCCGCCACAGACGGCGCACUGUGCCCGUCGCACUCCAACUUACCGGUAUACAUGUUCCCGAAGCUGGAGGUGCUCCUUAUUCGCGGGCUACAUCUUCCGUUAGCUAGUACGGACAACCUAGGAUCGCGAGGCCAUCAUCUUCUGGACACGUAUGCCAAGGUGCUCCGGGAUCGCAGCGAUGCCGGGCACCAGCUCUCUUCCCUAGUUCUGGUCGGCGGCAGUAACAUCUUGCAGCAAGACGUCGACAAGUUUCUGGGCACCGUGAAGGAAGUGCAUUGCGAUUGUAUAUCGACAGAAACGUCUCUAGGGCCGAUCCACAUGAGUAUACCAUCUCUGACACUGGACGAUAAGGUAAGACUGUUUGUUGUCCGACCAGGAUCUCGUCGCUGA